AUGGGGACCACUUCAGUACCUGUAUUCUUGCCCGAGGAAGGAUUGCCGUUCGGAAGGCAGAGUGGAGCUAGCCCAGCGCUACCCCCUUGCACCCCUUUCGGCAAUUUGCCCAUAAUGCAAACAACUGCCGAAGCUAAGCUUCUGGCCCAAAUAACUUCUCUUCGGCAGGAUAUGGCUAAACUCCAAGAACAUAAUAACCUACUCUCAUCUAAAAGAAAGGGCAAAAAGGGGGCAAAGGCAACGCUUGCGCCCUCCAAACAGCUGGUAGUCCCGGCUCCUAGGGACCAGCAACAUCUACCGAAGAAGGUAUACACCAAUUGUCGCCACUGGGUUAACGACAAGGAAGUCGAGAGACAGGGAUCUUCGAUCAGGAUCAAUGCUCACCUAAGAGACUCCCGAAUGAGGGUUCUGGGAAACAAGUCGCCUAUUCGGAAGGUACGAGGCCUGGAAUCCACAGCGGAGUCAGACCACGAAUAUGUCCCCUCCAAGACUCAAGGGAGAACUUACCGUUCGGCAACACCUACACGGUACUUAGAGGCCAAGCAAUUAAGUCCGCGGAGACGUUCGGAGGACUAUGAUUUCGAAGAGAUUCCCAGCCGAGAUCUCGUCGUCCGACUUCUUUUUCAGAAGGUUCAAAAGAUGGAGAACCACCGGACCCGCUCUCAGGAGCCCGAUUGGGGAAAGCUUCGGCCAGGGCCAUUCACUGAACGCAUCAGGUAUUCCCGACAGGAUAGGGAUGUGCAACCAUUGCGCAUACCGUUCUACACCGGGGUAGAAGACCCCUUGACACACCUUCACUCUUUCCAGUUUGCCGUGGGAUGUAAAGGCCUUAGUGAUGAGGGGCAAUGCAUGUUGUUCCCGUCCGCGCUAACUGGAGCGGCCUUGAAUUGGUUAUAUCGUUUGGAACCAGAAACGGUAGACUCAUUCGAUGAGUUAAAACAAAUCUUUCUCAAUCACUUUAUGAUCCAGACGGACCGUUUGUACUCUGCCUAUGACCUGUACACGAUUCGGCAAAGGGAAGAUGAGCCCCUAAGGGAAUACGCUGCGCGUUUCAGUCAUGAAUACUCAAGGUGUCCAGAAUCGAACGACAGAGCAGCCUACGACGCCUUCAAGAGUGGCCUUCGGUCCUCGCACUUUCGGUACCUAGUGCACAGUAGCAACUAG